AUGGCGGUUUGUGCUGGUGCCUACAAUCUCCUGAACAAUAACAACCACAACCAGUUGAUGUGCGGCGAUUGGAUUAUGGGUCCUCUAUUGGGAGAAGGGACUUACGGCCGCGUUUACAAGGCCACUCUCAGGUCAUCCCUCAUAGCCGUCAAAACCGAAAAGACAUCUCUUUCACAAACGCUCCGCAAAGAGUUUCAGAUUUUGGCGCGUCUCUACGACUGUCCGCACGUGAUCCGAUGCCUUGGCUACCACACGACACAAGAUUACGAGGGCCGUUUGGUUUCUAAUCUGCUAUUGGAGUAUGCAUCUGGCGGCUCUCUGCUCGACAGAAUUCAGAAAUCGGGAGGUUUCGGGCUGCCCGAAAUGGAAGUGAGGGCCCACACGAAGUCCAUCCUGAGAGGUCUCCGUCACAUUCACGGCCUCGGUUUUGUGCACUGCGACUUGAAGCCCGAAAACGUGCUGCUGGUCGCCGAAAACGGCAACUUCACGGCCAAAAUAAGUGAUUUUGGGCUUUCGAAAGAGAGGGGGACGGUACCGUAUGCGAGUGGCACGCGCGCGUAUUUGUCGCCUGAGGCGGAGUUGUUGGGGAGGCAAGAGGAGGCUUCUGAUGUGUGGGCGCUCGGUUGUGUGGUGCUGGAGAUGUUGGUGGGGCGGGAGAAUGCGUGGGGAGGGGAAAAAGAGGAAAUUCUUGGGAGGAUUGGGGGCGAGAUGAUUUCAGAGGAUGCGAGGGAUUUUGUGAAGUGUUGUUUCACGAGUGAUCCGGAUCAGAGGCCCACUGCCGACUCACUGUUGCCGCAUUCCUUUGUCGACGAUUACGCCAAGCGUCUGUUUUCGUCGGCUAAUGCUAGUGUUGAAGAUGCUGAAUAUGGGUUUAGAGAAGGGACUUACGGCCGCGUUUACAAGGCCACUCUCAGGUCAUCCUUCAUAGCCGUCAAAACCGAAAAGACAUCUCUUUCACAAACGCUCCGCAAAGAGUUCCAGAUUUUGGCGCGUCUCUACGACUGUCCGCACGUGAUCAGGUGCCUUGGCUACCACACGACACAAGAUUACGAGGGCCGCUCGGUUUCUAAUCUGCUAUUGGAGUAUGCAUCCGGUGGGUCUCUGCUCGACAGAAUUCAGAAAUCGGGAGGCUUCGGGCUGCCCGAAAUGGAGGUGAGGGCCCACACGAAGUCCAUCCUCAGAGGUCUCCGUCACAUUCACGGCCUCGGUUUUGUGCACUGCGACUUGAAGCCCGAAAACGUGCUGCUCGUGGCCGAAAACGGCAACUUCACGGCCAAAAUAAGUGAUUUCGGGCUUUCGAAAGAGAGGGGGACGGUACCGUAUGCGAGUGGCACGCGCGCGUAUUUGUCGCCUGAGGCCGAGUUGCUGGGGAAGCAAGAGGAGGCUUCUGAUGUGUGGGCGCUCGGUUGUGUGGUGCUGGAGAUGUUGGUGGGUCGGGAGAAUGCGUGGGGAGGGGCAAAAGAGGAAAUUCUUGGGAGGAUUGGGCGCGAGAUGAUUUCAGAGGAUGCGAGGGAUUUUGUAAAGUGUUGUUUCACGAGUGAUCCGGAUCGAAGGCCCACUGCCGACUCACUGUUGCUGCAUUCCUUUGUCGACGAUUACGCCAAACGUCUCUUUUCGUCGACUAAUGCUAGUUUGAUGUGCGGCGGCAAGGAAAAUGAAUACGGUGAUUGGAUUAGGGGUCCUCUAUUGGGAGAAGGUACUUACGGCCGUGUUUACAAGGCUACUCUCAGGUCAUCCUUCAUAGCCGUCAAAACCGAAAAGAAAUCUCUCACACAAACGCUCCGCAAAGAGUUCCAGAUUUUGGCGCGUCUCUACGACUGUCCGCACGUGAUCCGGUGCCUUGGCUACCACACGACACAAGAAUAUUACGCGGGCCGUUUAUCGGUUUCUAAUAAUCUGCUAUUGGAGUAUGCAUCCGGCGGCUCUCUGCUCGACAGAAUUCAGAAAUCGGGAGGCUUCGGGCUGCCCGAAAUGGAAGUGAGGGCCCACACGAAAUCCAUCCUGAGAGGUCUCCGUCACAUUCACGGCCUCGGUUUUGUGCACUGCGAUUUGAAGCCCGAAAACGUGCUGCUCGUGGCCGAGAACGGCAACUUCACGGCCAAAAUAAGUGAUUUCGGGCUUUCGAAAGAGAGGGGGACGGUGCCGUAUGCGAGUGGCACGCGCGCGUAUUUGUCGCCUGAGGCCGAGUUGUUGGGGAAGCAAGAGGAGGCUUCUGAUGUGUGGGCGCUCGGUUGUGUGGUGCUGGAGAUGUUGGUGGGUCGGGAGAAUGCGUGGGGAGGGGCAAAAGAGGAAAUUCUUGGGAGGAUUGGGCGCGAGAUGAUUUCAGAGGAUGCGAGGGAUUUUGUCAAGUGUUGUUUCACGAGCGAUGCAGAUCAGAGGCCCACUGCCGACUCACUGUUGCUGCAUUCCUUUGUCGACGAUUACGCCAAACGUCUCUUUUCGUCGGCUAAUGCUAGUGUUGAAGAUGCUGAAUAU